AUGCUCUCCAUCUCCUCCUGCUCCGCUCCUCGAUCAGCAGCUUCUUCCUGCACCGGUAAUGCACAGAAAGAACAAACUUCCUUCCGUUACCAUGGGGACCGUUACCGUCUACGGCGAAGCAGGAGGUCCAAACGUGUUCACACCGCGCAGUGCGUGCCAGUCACUGACGUGCAUUGUGCUUUCAGCACACCCAUUGCUUUGUCACAGAGUGCUUUAUCAGGACGUGUCAAUGCUGCUCUGUCACCAACACUAUAG